AUGACACCAAAAUGUGGCGUUUGCAAUGAGCAGGACUCCAAGUACAAAUGCCCUAUCUGCGAGCUGAGAUACUGCUCUAUACCAUGCUACAAGACACACAAAGCCACUCACGUGGACGAAGAUACUACGAAAAGUGCCGAGAACGAUGGCAAAGCAGCUCCGCUUCCUCUCGAUAGACCAGGCACCACACAGAGAGUCCCCAAAGUCGACUUUACCGGCUUCGAGAAGAAUGAAGACUUCCAGCGUCUACUUUCACGCUUUCCAAAUCUGAAAUACCAGCUUCAGCUUGCCUAUGGCGUUACUCUCGAACCAGGACCAGAUGAAGAGUUCACUUGGGGUCGUCGGGAUUGGUUAGACGAUGAGCGUAACGCUGUGAGAGGUGGCUUCCGUGGACGAGGUCGAGGCCGCGGUCGUGGAGCUCGAGCUCGAGGAAGGGGAGGGCGAUUCAUCCCGGAGCUACCGCACGAUGACAGGCAGCGUGGGCCAUGGACUCAGGAGAAAGGAGACAAGCAGGCUCUUAAUCUUGUGCACAGAAUGAGGAUUGGGAGUGAAGAUGAGUUGGUGGAGGGGAUGAGUGAGUUCAUCGAGUUGUGCCAGAUUAAGUUUGGUGGUCGCGGGUAA